GCCGAUAGACUCUUUUCGCCGGCUCGCCACACAGUUGGCUGCACUGCGCAGAAGUGCUGAUGAAUGUUUUUCUGCCCACGAGAAUUUGUCGCGUUCUCCCGUUGAUUUCACAUAAAAUGAGUGCUUUGCAGCGUGUGAUUGCUAACAAUCAGCUGGCUGAGGAUCUGAUCUCAUCCCUAAAGACUGAAAUCAAUGCCAUCCGCGGAAUGAAAGUGGAGCAGCGGAAGAAGGAGUUGCAGGAGGAGAAUGCACGCCUCCGACAGGAAGUGGAGAAGGCCAAGGCGCGCCUGAUUCAGCUAGAGUGCUCAAAUGGCAGGCCGCAGAUUCCCAUUCCCGGAGAAUCCGCCACAAUCGCUGCCCCGAAGCCAGCUGAGCAGGCCGUGAAGCCUCCGGCGGUCAUCAAUGAUGAGCAGAAGCCCCCGGCGGAGAAGAAAGCCAAAAAGGAGAAGCCGGCGCAGCCUCCAGCAGCUCCGGAAGCCCCCGUGGACGUGGGAAGGCUGGACUUCCGCGUGGGCAGGAUUGUCGAUGUGGCUCGCCAUCCGGACGCCGACAGUCUGUAUGUGGAGAAGAUCGACUGUGGCGAGCCUCAGCCGCGCACUGUCGUGUCCGGCUUGGUGAAGUUCGUGCCUCUGGAGGAGAUGAAGGAUCGCCUUGUGGUGGUGUUGUGCAAUCUUAAGCCGGCCAAGAUGCGAGGCGUCACUUCGGAGGCGAUGGUCAUGUGCGCCUCCUCGCCGGACAAGGUUGAGGUGCUGUCACCGCCCGCCGGGGCGCUUCCCGGCGAUCUGGUGCACUGUCAGGGCUUCGAGCGCUGCCCAGACGCCCAGCUGAAUCCCAAGAAGAAGAUCUUCGAGACCUGCGCGCCGGACUUGAAGACGAACAGCGAUUUGGUGGCCUGCUUCAGGGAUGCUGCCCUCGAGGUGCCCGGAAAGGGUGUCGUUCGUGCGCAGACACUGAAGAACGUGAGCGUGAAGUGAUUGGGAAGAUCAAUAAAACUGUUUAGCAAUUUUC